ACUUGCCACUCAUUGCCAGUUCCUUCUGCGAAACAGUUCUGAAUUCCUUAGGGUUCCAUUUUUUCGCAUUUUUUUCGGCAAAAUCGUGGCACGCUUUGCCGCUGUAUGCUUUAAUUAAAAUGUAAUCAAAUUUUAACGAAUCAAACGUGCUCGGAUGGAUGACAUAAUUGUUUUACAAAUCCGCAAAUCUAAAAUAAUCUGCGCGCUAGAAGAUGGGUAAUGCGGUUGUGACUUUUUCACAGGAGCAGCUGGAAGAAUAUCAAGAUGUGACCUACUUCAAUCGUAACGAAAUUUUAAGCAUAUACAGAAGAUUUAAAAGUUUGGCGCCGGAUGAUGUUCCUAUGGUUAUGACGCGCGAAAUUGCUCAGAAUUUCCGGCUAUCGCGGGAUGACCUGGAACAACUACCGGAACUGAAAGAAAACCCUUUCAAACGACGCAUCCUUGCGGUGUUCAGUGAGGAUGGUUCAGGAAAUCUAUCGUUCAACGACUUUUUGGAAAUGUUUUCCGUGUUUUCUGAACGAGCUACAAAAGAGCACAGAGCAUUCUACGCUUUUAAAAUUUAUGAUUAUGACGACGACGGUUUUCUGGGAAUUUCGGAUGUGAAAAAGACAGUGCGAGCGAUGACGCGGGAUAACCUUGACGACGAAGAACGCUCCAAGAUUGCGGAGAGCGUUAUGAAAGAGUGCAAUAUGGAUGAUAAUUCGGCAAUAUCUUUUUCGGAGUUUGAAAAUGUUGUUUUAAAAGCCGCUGUAUUUGAGUUAACAUUUCAUAUCCGCCUUUAAUAAUUUGACGAGCGAAACAAUCCAAAAUCUCUGAUGCUUACCGUAUUUAUUCCCGUGUCAAAUAUCUUAACUAUAACAUACCGGUAAGUUGGUAUCUGUGCGUUACAGACUACCAAACAUGUGUUCCAGUGCACAAAUUUACUCUGUAUGUUCUAAGUUACCGCAAUGGAUGCGAAACUCAUUCGACAAUCAACAUUGAUAUUAUU